UGCGCGUGCAAAAUGGAUUUUUGAAAGAUGUAGUGAGUUCUUCCUGAUCAAAGGAAUUUUUCUUGACCAGGAAAUUAAGAUUUUGAGAACCUUCAAAGUAAAAACUGGCUAGAAUGUUUAUGGCAUAUUUUACCAUAGGCUGGAAAAUCAAGUUUCUACUGACAGUGUUUCCCAAACUAACCGAUUAUAUCAGAAUCAUUUGGGGAGAUAAUUAUUAUUAACAUAUAUAUUCCUGAAGCCCAUCUCAGAUCUGCUAAAUAUAUUUUAAAACAUGCAAACACACACACAUGCACACAGUCACCAGGUGAUUCUGAUGACCAGGUUUGGGGAACAUUGGUCAACACAAUCACUGUAAUCUUUAGCCAGAAAAAAAGGCCAUGUCACUCUUCUCUAAACGGACCUCUUGUCAGUCAAGUCUUGUCCGUCCUUGUUGCUGGUUGCCUGAUGGUUCCCUCUUCCAGUAGUUGAGAGUCCUUCUCCCCAUGUGAAAUGGAGACAGAAUGACAGCUAGGCAUGUCCUCCAACUGAUGAAUGACAGGUAAUACACUCCUGUGGGCAUCUCCUCUGCCAUCUGCCUGCUGUCUGGACACUCGCUGGAGCAUGGGGUCCCUGGUCUCUAUGACAAGGGCUUCCAUCAAUGCUGUCAUCUGACAGUGUUGACUGUGUACUGGGCACAGCAGAGAAUGGUGGUAGAACCUCUUCCUUCUGAGGGCACCCCUAAAGUGUCAACCCACUUAAGGCAGGUGUGGGCUUGUGGGUGGCAGCUCUCUUGCACCUGACCAGUAAUUAAUGUCCUUCUCCAAUGAGGAUGUUAGUGCUAUGAAAGUAAUGAUCUCCCUGUCUUGUUCUGUCCUGGACCCCAAGAGCCUAGAACAGUGCCUGGCUCCUGGUAGGUGCUCGCUAAAGAGAUGCUGAAUUCCUUCUUUCCUUCUUAGCUCCAUUCUAGGUGGCAAGAACCAUGCAAUUCUCCAACUCAGCCAGGGCAGCCGAUGAGAACUUUGACUAUCUGUUCAAGAUUAUCCUUAUCGGGGACUCCAACGUGGGGAAGACGUGUGUGGUGCAGCAUUUCAAAUCCGGGGUCUACACAGAGACACAGCAGAACACGAUAGGGGUGGACUUCACCGUACGCUCCCUCGAGAUCGAUGGCAAAAAAGUGAAGAUGCAGGUGUGGGACACCGCCGGCCAGGAGCGCUUCCGGACCAUCACCCAAAGCUACUACCGCAGUGCCCACGCAGCCAUCAUCGCAUACGACCUCACCCGGCGAUCCACCUUCGAGUCCGUCCCUCACUGGAUUCACGAGAUAGAAAAAUACGGAGCGGCAAACUUGGUCAUUAUGCUGAUCGGGAACAAAUGUGAUCUGUGGGAAAAACGGCACGUCCUGUUUGAGGAUGCCUGCACGCUGGCCGAGAAGUACGGCCUCCUCGCGGUUCUGGAGACAUCUGCCAAAGAGUCCAAGAACAUCGAUGAAGUCUUCGUGCUCAUGGCCAGAGAGCUGAUUGCCCGCAACAGCCUCCACCUGUACGGAGAGUGUGCCCAGAAUCACCUCCCCCUGGACUCCAGUCCAGUUCUUGUGGCCCAGGGGCCGAGUGAAAAGACCCACUGCACUUGCUGAAUAUGUCCCCGAAGCCAGCUGCACCCACCCGAGGCCAUCUCUGAAACCAAAGGAAGCCGGAUAUCCUAGUGUGUGCUGCGUAGCAUUUCAGACCCAAGUGUAGACUGGUCACGAGUCCUCAAUCCUUCCCGCCUGGAUGGGCAGCACAGCUGCCUCCAUUCACUCCAGAGGCCGUAACCAAGGACAGGGGACACCGCUGUCUUUCUUGAUUUUGCCCUGGACUUAAGGCAGAGGUAGCGGGGGGGAGGUUUGCUCUUUUUCAUCUAUUCAGACUUGUCUGUCUCCCCAACCCUUCAACUGUGUUUCUGCUGAAUUUUGUUUCUCGCUUAAAAAGGAGGGUAGUAAAAGUAUAAAGAAAAGGGAAUAUCAAAGGGGGGGGUGUUUGGAACAUUCUGGAAUAUUUUAAAUGGCUUGGGCAUGGGGGGGGAAGGGGAAGCCUGCAGUGAUAGCAGAAUGCUGUUGACAUGUGGCUCCUGACAUUCACACCUCAGGGCUUUAGUUUGGGGAGCAAAGCCAUUUGACAUAAAUACCGACUUGCCAAAGGGUCAGGGGCCAUGUGAUGGAGAGCAUUGGAUUUCACUUUAUCCUACCUGGGUUGAAUUGACCACCCUCCUAGGAUGUGGGAGAUGCCUACCUACAGUUUGUUCCUAAAACACCCAAUUAGGUGGUGGGUCAAAGUCAUUUCAGAAUUGAAGUUAAAUUGGCUUAUAGAUAGAUGACUAGCAAACCAAGUGACAUCGCUGUGUGGCCGAGUGCGCCACUGACGGUCCAGGACCUGAGGGUAAUACACCGUGUUUUUUUCAGUUUCCUCGUGGUUGUUGUUGAGGUGUGUCUUGCAAUAAAUGAGAACCACAAGGGCUGGUCUAGUGACAACAGUGGCUCCAAACAGGGAAUGUCUGUGGGCUCUCCUCUGGCCCAGGUGAGUGGCCCCAGGCAUUUCUAGCUGAUAGCAUCACCAUGCUUAGGCCUUGAAUCUUAGGCCUCUGAGACCUGUAAGCCAGUGUGGCUUGAGAACUUGAAAUGUGCUAAUUCAAAUUUGAGAUGAGCUGUAAGUAUAAAACACACACCAGAUGUUAAAGACAGUACCAAAAAAAAAAGUUGUA